AUGAUAAAGAAGACACAGAGUCAAGAUGUUCAACAACAACAACAACAAACAAACAGUUUCUAUGAUAUGGUUGAGAAGGAAGGGUCGAAAGAGAAGACAGAGAUGGAGGAGGUGAUUGGAAGUCAGCGUCCAACCACAUUUCCCAGCAGCCUUGAUUCAAAGGUCUCCUCACCCCCGGCACAUACCGAUGAUGUUAUCAGUAGCAUCCAGCCAUCAACAACAUUGAGCCCACCAGAAUUGUCUCGAGCAAGCAGGGUCUCAGAAGCGGUACCUGGGGCCCAUGCCGUGGCUGGGAUUAGACCAAUAUUUUAUCGCCCAAGCAGUAGGCCAUUGACUGGUAGGACUACUGAAAUGGAAGAGCUGGGACUGGAAUUGGUGCCUACAUCUCAAAAUGACAGAUAUCACGAUGACACUCUUAUUCAUGCUGAUAUUAGCAAUCUGUUGGCCUUCAAUUUCACUAGACAUAUCACUGAGGCAUCAACGAGGAACGAUGGUGGUCUUGUUCAUGCCGACCCAGUUGACGACUCAGAAAAUGGGGAGAUUCCAAUUGCAGAGCCAAUAACAACAAGGGCAAAAAUAUUAUGGAAGAAGAAGAUAUGCCUCGACCUCUCCCUGGAAGCCAUUGUUGCCAUUGCUAUUGUCUCUAUCAUCCUUUUGGCAUUUCUUCUUGCUGCGAAAUCAAAUAAUCAAACUCAGCCCGCACAGCCGAAAAAUGGAGUGAUUCCAAUACCAACAAAAUCAGGGACAAUGGCUUCAAUCACACAAGCACCAACAUCUCUAUGGGAAAGACUAAAUCUACCUGAAUACACCCUCAGGGCAAUGGAAAAUCCGAGGUCUCCACAGACCAAGGCAUAUCAAUGGCUAAGUAGCAAUAUCAAGAACUCCAACAAUACACCACAUCUCCCAAUGUGGCGACUGAAGCAAAGGUUUGCAUUGGCCACUUUCUAUUAUUCCACACGGGGGGACUAUUGGGUAAAAAAUCAAGGCUGGCUGGAUUGGGACUCCGAUGAGUGCAGCUGGGCACAAAUUGAUUCGGGUUGGUACAUGUACCCGAACCCAGCGGCUUAUUGUCAUGACAAUGGGCAACUCCUAUCGUUGAAGUUUGGUAAGGCCAACAACUUGGACGGAACAAUACUACCAGAAAUAUCCCUGCUUCGUGAAAGCUUGGAAACAUUUCAAUUUUCGGGGAACUACCAACUCGAAGGAUGUAUACCAACAGAGGUUGGGAUGAUGACAAGGCUGACAAGCCUUUUGUUUGGCAAAACUCAUUUGUCUGGCAUACUACCAACAAAACUAGGUCAGCUGCAAAGCUUGGAGAACCUAUUGAUCUCAGGGAGAGAGUUUGAUGGGACUAUACCUACUGAACUGGGAAACCUAAGAAACCUCACAGAUCUGGGAUUUCAGAUAGUGAAUCUUUCUGGGUCCAUCCCCACUGAGAUUCUUCAAUUGUCAAAUCUGAAGAACUUGGGUUUGUCAGAGUGCCCUUUGUUGGAUAUAACAUCUUUCUUCCCUCAGAUAGUUGGAAACCUGCACAAUUUGGAGAUCCUAAAUCUAAGCUAUCGGAAACCUGGGGCGUUCACAUCAAUCCCAUCUGAAAUUGGCAAGCUGACCAACCUAGCAACCCUGAUUUUGAGCGACUUCCAACUUAGCGGCCCUUUGCCAAGUGAGAUGGGAUUGUUGACAAACUUGAUAAGUUAUCAUGAAUGA